CUCUCCGUCGCCUUCUCCCUUCCCCGCCGCCGUAAGAUGCUGCUGCUGCCUACAGCGCCACCGCCGGUUCCCCCGCAUCGCGGUCGUCGGCUCUCCCCUCCCCCAUCCGCUCCUCCUCCAUAUCCCCCACCCACCCUGUCGCCUCCUUCCAUUUCGCCUCGCUUCGCCCUCGCCAUCCCCUCUCCGCACCGCGCACGCGCCUCUCCUUCCACCUCCCCGCGCCCAAACACACGCGUGGGCCGCUCGCCGUGUCUUCGCACUGAAACCCUAGUCGCCGAUGGAUCUUCUCUCCGCGGCCUACGGUGCCACCUCCGACGACGACGACGACGGCGCCGAGGCCACCCCUACUCCAGGCUGGGCCGCGACGGGCUACGCCUCCGCCGCUGGACCUCCACCGAAGCGGCCGCGGUGGGAGCCUCCACCAUACCUCCCACCACCUCCUCCAUACCCCAUCCCUCAACCGGCCAGGCCACGCGCCGCGCCGCCGCCUGCUAGCACCGCUAGCGGCAGGUACGUCUCCAAAAGGGAGCGGGCCCUAAUGGCCGCGUCGAGCUCUCCCGUGGAUUCCUCGUCACCGCUUCCUCCAUCGGCGGCAGCUCAGUUUGGUUCUCCUGUUGUUGGAUCUAUCUCUGAUUCAAAUUUGCGAGCUGAUAUUUUUCAUUCUUUACGAUGCCAAACAAAACCUGGAUCAACCAGGAGGAUGCCUUUGAAGCUCUCAGUCUCUUUGACGGGUCACACCAAAGCAGUCAAUUGUGUAGAUUGGUCACAAAGUCAUGCACAUCUUCUCGCUUCUGCUGGAAUGGACCAUACAAUUCAUGUAUUUAAUGUAUGGAAUAAAGGAAAUACUACUGCUCGUGUUUUCAAAUUUCAUACCGCUGCUGUGAAGGAUGUGAGGUGGUCCCUUAAUGGGCUCUCUUUGCUUUCUGGCGGAUUUGAUUGCUCCUUACGGUUAGUUGAUGUUGAGGAAGGGAAAGAAAUUAAGGUGUUCAAGGAGGAUCAGGCUGUGGAGGUCAUCAAGUUCAAUCCAAGUAACUCCAACCUGUUCCUGUCUGGUGGGUCCAAGGGUUCUCUUAGACUAUGGGAUAUUCGGAGUGGUUUGGUGACUAAAGAAUAUCAAAGAAAUCUUGGCACCAUCCUUGACAUUGAAUUCAGUUCUGAUGGGAAACAGUUUAUCUGUUCAACAGACACAUCCAGAAGUAAUGUUAGUGAGAAUUCUAUAAUUAUAUGGGAUACCCUGCGACAAGUUCCUUUAUCUAACCAGGUUUAUACAGAAGCAUAUACCUGUCCUUGUGUAAGAUAUCACCCAUUUGAAGCUUCUUUUGUUGCUCAAUCCAACGGUAACUACAUUGCAAUCUUUUCAGCAAAGUCACCAUUCAAGCUAAACAAGUAUAUGCGGUAUGAAGGACAUGGAGUGUGGGGUUUCCCGAUAAAGUGCAAUUUUUCAUUUAGCGGGAAGGAACUUACAUCUGGUUCAUCCGAUGGUUGUAUCUAUUUUUACGAUUAUAAAUCGUCGAGACUUUUGAGUAAAAUACAGGCAUUUAAAGAACCAUGUACUGACGUUGCAUACCACCCAGUAAUUCCCAAUGUGAUUGCUUCAUGUAGCUGGGCUGGUGAAAUAGCUGUUUUUGAAUGACACAAUAAAGGUUGUUUAUUUCGCUUUUCUUGCCAUA